UUGCACAAGCGUACAAGCAGCGAUCUUCUGCGGAUUUUAUAGCUUCCUGUUAAAUAACCAAACUCUUACAUUACCUGCUAAACCUUCGUCUCUUCUGUUAGUUACUGACCGUAUUCAAGAUCAAAAUGCCAAUCCAAUCUAUUAAAGCAAGACAAAUCUAUGACAGCCGAGGCAACCCCACUGUUGAGGUUGAUCUUGUCUCCGAUAAAGGUUUGUUCCGAGCUGCGGUACCUAGCGGUGCUUCAACUGGUGCUCACGAAGCAGUUGAACUUCGAGAUGGUGACAAAAGCAACUACUUGGGAAAAGGAGUUCUUAAAGCCGUUCAAAAUGUUAAUGAGAGUCUUGCCCCUGCCAUUGUUGGCAAGUUCGAACCUACUCAACAAAAGGAGAUAGAUGAAUUAAUGAUUAAAUUAGAUGGUACUGAAAACAAAGGAAAGCUCGGAGCUAAUGCUAUUCUUGGUGUUUCACUUGCUGUCUGUAAAGCUGGUGCUGCUGCUAAAGGUGUUCCAUUAUACAAACACAUCGCUGACUUGGCUGGUAAUAAGGAUAUUAUUUUACCAGUUCCAGCAUUCAAUGUUAUCAAUGGUGGUAGCCAUGCUGGUAACAAGCUUGCCAUGCAAGAAUUCAUGAUCUUGCCUACUGGAGCUAGUUCAUUUACUGAAGCCAUGAAAAUGGGUUCUGAAACUUACCACCAUUUAAAGGCUGUAAUCAAGAAGCGUUUCGGUCUUGAUGCUACUAGUGUAGGAGAUGAGGGAGGUUUUGCACCCAAUAUCUUGAACAACAAGGAUGCCCUUGAAUUGAUCAAAGAGGCUAUUAGUAAUGCUGGCUACAUUGGUAAAAUUGACAUUGGUAUGGACGUUGCCGCAUCUGAAUUUUACAAAGAUGGUAAAUAUGAUUUGGACUUUAAAAAUCCAAAAUCUGAUCCCAGCAAAUGGAUUUCACCUGAUGAGCUUGCUAAGCUUUACAAAGAUUUCGCCGCUGAUUAUCCAAUUGUAUCAAUUGAGGAUCCCUUUGAUCAAGAUGAUUGGGAAGGUUGGAGCAAGUUCACUGGAAGUGUCGACUUCCAAGUUGUUGGUGACGACUUGACAGUCACCAAUCCAAAACGUAUUCAAACCGCAGUUGAGAAGAAAGCUUGUAACUGCUUACUUUUGAAAGUUAAUCAAAUCGGAAGCAUCAGUGAAGCAAUUGAAGCUCACCUUCUGGCUAAAUCUAAUGGCUGGGGAACAAUGGUUUCUCAUCGAUCCGGUGAAACUGAAGAUUCAACCAUAGCUGAUAUUGUUGUUGGUCUUUCAACUGGACAAAUCAAGACCGGAGCUCCAUGUCGAUCUGAAAGAUUGUCUAAAUAUAAUCAAAUUCUGAGAAUAGAAGAAGAAUUAGGAUCUGGUGCUAAAUAUGCAGGAAAAAGCUUCCGAAAACCUCAGUGACCUUAAAUCCAUUUUAAAGGUCAAAUAAAUUCUAUGUGAAAGUGAUAUGAAAUUGUGGAAAAAUGAUAUCUAGCAGAUCAAAUCAGUUUUUUUGUUCUUUAAAAUUUAGCUUAUUAUUCAACUCUAUAUAUCUAUUAUUAUAAUUGUAGUCUUGGGUAAACUCACCACAUAAAUUACAUAUAAGAUAAUUCCAAAUUCAAUUUACCAGGUAAAUAUUCAAAAGCCUAUUAAUCAAUAUAAAGCGUGAAACUAUAUAUUUUAAUUCUAGUUGUGUAUCAAUGAUCAUUUAUCGUUCUCUACUGCUCGAUAAAUGCAGAAUCUUAGAGAGAUAUUAUCAGGCCGGACAAAAAAGGUUGUUUUUAAAAUGCUUCAAAAACAGCUCAGCAAAUCAAUUUUUUGAUUUUGUUUCUCCAAUACACUGGUGAACAACAAAUCAAAAUUUAACUCUUAUUCACUAAUUCUAAUCAAUUGGGAACUAUUUUCUUUUCCCUCAUUAGUCAAUUUAAUUAUUAUUUCUAUUUCUAUUACUAGUUAUUUCUAAUUGUGUGAUUUUGGUGUUGGGUUUCCGUUGGUCUCCUUUGUUUCUCCUUUUUUUGUUUAAAUUCAAAAAUCUUUACAAUAUAAAGACAUACUUAAUAUUUGUACCUUUUAGUAAACAAUUUAACCAAUUUAA